GACCAAUUAAAAGAUAUUUAUUAUCGAAGUUACAGUUUCGGUUUCGAUUUCAAAUUACAUAAGUACAGUACAUGUUAUCGUUUAUUUAUUUCUGUUUUCGUAUAACCGAGAGAAAUAUGGGCAAUGGGAAGAAGAAGAGAGGAACGAAAAGCACAGGAAAAAGAGAAAAUCCAAUUGUGGUUGGCAGUGUUUCGACUUCAAAUAGAAAAACAGAAGAAAGAAGUUGUGUAAAUAUCGUUGAAAAUGGCGGCAUCGAUCAAUUAAAUGAUAUCGUCACCUUCGUACUGUUAAAUGAAAAUGAAAGUAAAGAAGUUCGAGUUGUAAAAUCGCUUCUGACAAACUCGAGUGAAGUACUUAACGAGAAGUUGGAUGAAACGAAAACCAUUGAAAUCGUGGCUAUCAGCAAGAAAGAUUUCCAAGUUUUUAUCAGCCAUGCAGAAGGGAAGCGAAUCAAGAUUUUAAAUACGAAACAAGCUUUGGCAUUAAUGGCUUUAUCCAUAAAAUUUGAAUAUCCAGAUCUGUAUGACAAAUCCACUAACUUCAUCCUGAAUAAUAUUAAUCUCGAUAAUGUUUGGCAGAUUUACAAGAGCGCAAUCGAAAUGGAGAAUGAAAAAUUGAUACAAGAAACAAUUUAUUUCAUUUUGAAAAAUGCCGAUGACGCAUUGAAAGGGAACAGAAUUCGAGGAGUACCAUCUUCUACCUUAAAAUUCAUAUUGUCACAGGAUAUAAUGAAUAUCGAAAAUGAAGUAAUGCUCUUUAAUGCUCUGGUAUAUUGGGCUGAAACGGAAAUUAAAGAUAAAGAGGAUGUCACUCCUGCUGACGUAUAUUCGAAGAUUCUUCCGUUUUUGGAUAAAAUACGAUUUUUGAGUAUGACAAUAAAGGAAUUUCAGGAAGGGCCUGAGAAAUCUCCUAUUUUUACAAACGAGCAAAAAGCUCGACUGUUACAAAGGAUUACAGAUGAAAAAUCAAGAAGUCCUCUCCCUUUUGGUUCCCCCAGACGAGAUAAGAGAAGCCGAUUUCCUGAAAAUGAAAGUGAUAUUUAUAUUAAUGAAAUAACUUUUGUUAAUUAUUGCCAAAAUUAUGAAAUUCAUCGCAUUCCUUUCUCACGGGUACAAAGCGUAUUUAAAUCUAAAGACAAACCGUUCUUUCUCACUUCAGUGAUAUUGAUGGGUUGCAGGUUAAAAGGUAACUUUAUCCUAAAACUUGAAGAUGAUAUUAAAUUUAAAUCAUCAGCGGAUGCUUUAGGAAUUAUUGAGUUUUCCCCUCCCAUCUUCAUUAGAAGAAACAAACAAUUUGAAUUUGUAUUUGAAGGAGAAGACUUCAAUAGUUUUUAUUCUUGCGAAAAUAUUGUUUAUUUUGAGAAUACUCCUUUUUAUGUUGUGUCCUCUGAUGGCAAUAAUGGUAAUAAUUUAUCAAUGCAUUGUUUAUUUUGGUCAGUUAUGUACUUUGUUCCAUGAGUAAUACUUAAAGAAUAAAGUUGUAGUACGAAA